AUGUGCAAGAGCUCGAUGUGUCACAAGCCGCUCAAGGUGAAAACAAGAAUUCUCUCCUCUUCCGCUGCCACUGCCGCACAAGACGACACACAGAAGUUAUCUCUGCCGCACAAGACGACGCACAGAAGUUACCACUGCCCGGCAGGGCGGAGUGAGUAUAAGUACUCAGCGCUCAUCAACCUCGUAGCCAUCAAGAAAAUGUUGCUAACCAUCCACUGA